CCUGGAAGUGCCGGUGGAACAGAGAGCUCAUGUGAUCCAUCACAUGACAGCAGACCUGCAGAAAGGCGGAAUGGGACUCCGAGGCUGCCUCCUAGGGCUCCUUGCCCUCUUCGUCGCUGGCAAAUGCAGUUACAGCCCAGAACCUGACCAGCGGUGGACGCUGCCCCCAGGCUGGGUGUCCCUAGGACGUGUGGACCCCGAGGAAGAACUGAGUCUCACCUUUGCCCUGAGACAGCAGAACGUGGAGAGGCUCUCGGAGCUGGUGCAGGCUGUGUCGGAUCCUGGCUCUCCUCGAUACGGAAAAUACCUGACCCUAGAGGAUGUGGCUGAGCUGGUACGGCCAUCAGCGCUAACCCUCCACACGGUCCACAAGUGGCUAUUGGCAGCUGGAGCCCAGAAAUGCGAUUCAGUAACCACACAGGAUUUUCUGACUUGCUGGCUGAGCGUUCGACAGGCAGAACUGCUGCUUUCUGGAGCUGAGUUUCAUCGCUAUGUGGGAGGACCUGCAGAGACCCACGUUGUAAGAUCCCCACAUCCCUACCAUCUCCCUCAGGCCUUGGCCCCUCAUGUGGACUUUGUGGCAGGACUGCACCGCUUUCCCCCCACAUCAUCCCUGAGGCAACGCCCUGAGCCACAGGUGGCUGGGACUGUUGGCCUGCACCUGGGAGUGACCCCCUCUGUGAUCCGUGAGCGAUACAAUUUGACUGCACAAGACGUGGGCUCUGGCACCACCAACAACAGCCAGGCCUGUGCCCAGUUUCUGGAGCAGUACUUCCAUGAUUCAGACCUGGCUGAGUUCAUGCGCCUCUUUGGGAGCAACUUUGCACACCAGGCAUCUGUAGCCCGAGUGGUUGGAAAACAGGGCCGGGGCCGAGCCGGGAUUGAGGCCAGCCUAGAUGUGCAGUACCUGAUGAGUGCUGGCGCCAACAUCUCCACCUGGGUCUACAGUAGCCCUGGCCGACAUGAGGCACAGGAACCCUUCCUGCAGUGGCUCCUGUUGCUCAGUAAUGAGUCAGCCCUGCCACAAGUGCAUACCGUGAGCUACGGAGAUGACGAGGACUCCCUCAGCAGUGCCUACAUCCAGCGGGUCAACGUUGAGUUCAUGAAGGCUGCUGCUCGGGGUCUCACCCUGCUUUUUGCCUCAGGUGACAGUGGGGCCGGGUGUUGGUCUUUCUCUGGAAGACACCAGUUCCGUCCUAGCUUCCCUGCUUCCAGCCCCUAUGUCACCACAGUGGGAGGCACAUCUUUCCAGAAUCCUUUCCGCGUCACAAAUGAGAUUGUUGACUAUAUCAGUGGUGGUGGCUUCAGCAAUGUGUUUCCACGGCCUUCAUACCAGGAAGAAGCCGUAACCCAGUUCCUGAACUCUAGUCCCCACCUGCCACCACAGAGUUACUUCAAUUCCAGUGGCCGUGCCUACCCAGAUGUUGCUGCACUUUCUGAUGGCUACUGGGUGGUCAGCAACAGAGUGCCCAUUCCAUGGGUGUCUGGAACUUCGGCCUCUACUCCAGUGUUUGGGGGACUGCUAUCCCUGAUAAAUGAGCACAGACUCCUCAGCGGUCGUCCUCCUCUUGGCUUUCUCAACCCAAGGCUCUACCAGCAGCAUGGGGCAGGACUCUUUGAUGUAACCCAUGGCUGCCAUGAGUCCUGUCUGAAUGAAGAGGUGGAGGGUCAGGGUUUCUGCUCUGGCCCUGGCUGGGAUCCUGUGACAGGCUGGGGAACACCCAACUUCCCAGCUCUACUGAAGGCAUUGCUCAACCCUUGACCCUUUCCUGUCAGGAGAGCUGUCCUCUCUCCUGCCCUACAGCUAGUGGCUCCAUCCCUUAUUCUGCCCUGUUGGAAGUUCUGUUGAACCCUCAGUUGUUGAGUGCUUCAGCUUAUCUCCCUAACCCUGAAAUGCUGUGAGCUUGACUUGACUCCCAACCCUACCCUUAUCAGUCAUACUCAGGUGUCUCUACUCUAGCCUCAAGUUCUCAGCAAGAUGCUAUAACCAGUGUUUUUGUGGCUGCCUCCUCUCUUCCUCUCUUUAACCAGGCCUUUCCGAAGGGUUCUCUGCAUUGACUGUGUAUGCUGUUUUACUUCUUCACUUGUCCCAAUUCAUGGCAUGGGACCUCUGCUCUCCGCUUUUACUCUUUCCUCCCCUGAUAAGAAACAGUGGCCUCCCUGCUACUUCAUCCAGUGCACACUUGCCAAUCUUUGCUUUAUACCUUUCCAUCAUAGCUGCCCAUUCUCCUUUCUACCCUAGCAUCCUGGGCUUAACUUAUUGUCUGAUUAUCCCUCUCUUCCUCCAUGGAGUUCUCUUUUUCUGCUUUCUCAUAGAAUAUUAGAGUUCUUCAUUGCUCCUUUCUUAAUCAUUUGCUGUUCUUACUUUACUCAUUGUCCCAUGCUACAAAUCAAUGGCAUCUACAGCAAUCACUAUCUCACUAAAUCAGACUUUCUGUACAGUUGUGAUGGAUACCUCAAAUACAAGAUGUGUGAUACUCAAUACUUAUCUCGCUCCAUCUCAACCCCAAAAUAUUCCACCUAUUGUUUGUCUUUGGUAAACAACAUUAUGCCUCUUCCAACCAAGCCUGAAAUCUGUGCCAUCCUUGACUCCUCUAUUUCCUUCACCUACCACCAUAUUCAAUCAACAACCCCUACAGAUUUUGCCUCUUAAAAAAACAGUGUUUAUCAAUUUACAACGCAUUCCAAUUAUAUUUAAAUAUAUUUAGAACUUACCCAUUCUUUCUGUUCCCAGUGCUACCAUAUUAGCUUUGAACCAUAUUCUCUCUCUUCUGAAUAUACAGGAGGCCCUUGCAAAAAUAGUGUCCAUGCUUCCUACCCAGCCUUAAUACAUUUUCCAAAGUAAAAUGUAAACCUCCUCAGGCCAUUUACUUGAUUAAAAUCCUUCAAAAUUACUGGAUAAAGUUCAGGCUUGGUUUACAAACCUUUUCUGCUAUUUGCUCCUGAGUAACCAAAUCAUUUUUCCUUCCCUUAAGGAACUCAGCCUAGUUGAAGCCACCCCUGAUAGAAUUGCCUGGUUAAUUUCCAGGAUUCUUUACAGACUCAGCUCUAAAGUCAUCAUCUCAUUGAAGGUUUAGAUUCCCAGAAGCUAACUGAUUUUUGUGUAGCAGAAAAAUCCUAGAUUUUUGUAACCAAACCUGAGUGAACCUUGGUUGCAAUACAAAUGAGACCCUUGAGCAAAAGAGUUUAUCGCCUUGAGCCCAUUUCCUCAUUACCUGUCUUUCAUAAUAAUCAGGGAAUAAUUCAGUGGAAUAAUGCCGACAGAGCGCUUGGCACCUGGAAGUAGGCAGCAAUUGUUCCCUUCCUCCAUUGCACUGCACGCACUGCAUACCUCUAGCAUCGUUAACGCCCAUAUGGUAUUGAAAUUGCCAGUUUACCUCCUUUUCCAAGACCACUGGUGCCUACAGAACUAGAAUUUUGUCCUACUUAACUUUGUAUUCCCAGUCAAGAGUGGCUCAAGAGUUGGCAAAUACGAAUUAAAUAAAUGUUUGCGGAAUGGGAAACCUCA